AUGAUGAAGAGUAGAGAGAAGGAGAAAGAAGAUGUGGGGGUGUUGAGAAGGGAGAGAAAGAAGAUGAUAAUGAUGAAGAGUAGAGAGAAGGAGAAAGAAGAUGUGGGGGUGUUGAGAAGGAGAGUGAAGGAGAAAGAAGAUGUGGGGGUGUUGAGAAGGGAGAUGAGGGAAGAGAGUGUGUGA